GUCACGGACGUGGUACUGCGCAUGUUCCCACGUGCUGUGAUGGAGGGGACCAGCAGCGAAAACACGCGGAGCGAAAAGAUAGAAAAGAUGAAGAAAGUCCAAGAAAAGAGUGCGAAGAAGAGGAGUAAAGAGGAGCAAGAGGAAGAGGAGCAGAAGGACGUGGAGGUCUUUAUCUUCAACAACAAAGUUUCUGAGGAGGAGGAGGAUGGAGAUCUGUCUGACAGCGAGGACAGCGUCUUCUCUGGACUGGAGGAUUCUGGGAGUGACAGUGACGAAGACGACGAAGAGAAGGAAGAGGAUAAUGAUGAAGGUCUGAAGGAGGAGCAAAAGCAGGCUCAGCAGGAGGAGGAGGAAGAGGAGGAGGAAGAAGAGGAGGAAGGAGUAACAGAAGAGAAAGAAGUAACAGAACAGAAAGAAGACGAGUACAAACACGACUCUUCAGAUGAAGAGGACAUCAGGAACACAGUGGGGAACAUCCCCAUGGAUUGGUACAAAGACUUCCCUCACAUCGGUUACGACCUUGACGGGAAGAAGAUCUACAAACCAAUCAGGAACAAGGAUGAGCUUGACGACUUCCUGGACAAAAUGGAGAACCCUGACUACUGGAGAACCGUUCAGGACAAGCAGACAGGAAGUGACAUGGUGCUGUCCGAUGAGCAGGUGGAGUUGGUAAAGCGACUGCAGAUGGGACAGUUUGGAGAUGUCAAUUUCAAUGAGUACCAGCCUCAGGUGGAGUUCUUCAGUCAGGAUGUGAUGCUGCACCCGGUCACCAACCGGCCAGCGGAUAAACGCUCGUUCAUCCCGUCUCUGCUUGAGAAGGAAAAAGUGUCCAAACUUGUCCACGCCAUUAAGAUGGGCUGGAUUAAACCACGCAGAGAUGACCAGGACACCAGGGGGCGCUACUACGACCUCUGGGCCAGUGAGGACACCUCCAUCCUCGCCAAGCAUAGGAUGCAUCUGCCCGCCCCGAAAAUCCGUCUGCCAGGUCACCACGAGUCCUACAACCCCCCACCUGAGUACAUGUUCACCGACGAGGAGCGGGCUCUGUGGGAGCAGCAGGAUCCGAUAGACAGGAAGUUCCCGUUUGUUCCUCGCUCGUUCUCCAGCCUGCGUCAUGUUCCGGCAUUCCCUCGAUUCAUCCACGAGAGGUUUGAGCGCUGCCUCGACCUCUACCUGUGCCCCCGCCAGAGGAAGAUGAGGGUCAACGUCAAUCCAGAGGAUCUGAUACCAAAACUGCCUAAACCCAAAGACCUGCAGCCGUUUCCCACCACACAGUCGCUGGUGUAUCGUGGUCACACUGGUCUGGUUCGGUCCAUUAGCGUGUCUCCAUCAGGACAGUGGCUCGCCUCAGGUAGUGAUGACGGGUCUGUGAGGUUCUGGGAGGUGUGUUCGUCUCGCUGUAUGAAGACCAUCCAGGUGGGCGGUCCCGUGAAGAGUGUCGCCUGGAACCCAAACCCAUCUGUCUGUUUAUUAGCGGUUGCCCUGGACUCGGCGGUGCUGAUCCUGUCUCCAUCUCUGGCAGACAGACAGGUAGUCUCUUCAUCAGAACGUCUCUUGUCGAGUCAACAGGAGACGGAGCUUAUGGAGGGAGCGGGUAUAGUCACCUGGAGUGAUGCAGAGGGGGAGGAGCUUAACCAAGGGAUCCGCCUCAGAAUCCAGCACCCAAAAGCCGUCCAGCAGGUGACGUGGCAUGCCAAAGGAGACUACCUGGCCUCUGUGAUGCCUGAUCACUCAAGCAAUUUGCAGGUGUUGAUCCACCAGGUGAGCCGGAGGCGGAGCCAGAACCCUUUCAGGAAGAACAAAGGCCUAGUGCAGACCGUAUCCUUCCACCCUGUUAGGCCCUACUUCUUUGUGGCAACGCAGCGCUCCGUCCGGAUCUACAACCUUGUCAAACAAGAAAUGACCAAAAAACUACAAGCCAACUCCAAGUGGAUCUCCAGCAUGGCCGUCCACCCUGCAGGUGAUCAUGUGAUCUGUGGGAGCUAUGACUGCAGACUCAGCUGGUUUGACCUCGACCUCUCAACUAAACCCUACAAGAUGCUACGACACCAUAAGAAGGCGGUGAGAGGCGUGGCCUAUCACAGACAGUACCCACUGUUUGCUUCAGCAUCAGACGAUGGAUCUGUCAUCGUCUGCCACGGGACUGUUUACAAUGACCUGUUACAGAACCCGUUGAUCGUCCCGGUGAAGGUUCUCAGAGGUCAUGUGAUUACUCAUGAUCUCGGUGUUCUGGACGUGACCUUUCACCCCACACAGCCCUGGGUCUUUUCCUCCGGAGCAGACGCCACCAUCAGACUGUUCACCUAGCAGCCGACCCGACCCGGCAUCCUGACCAUGGAGCUGGUUCUAGCAUUGUGCCCAUGGUCUCCUAGCAACCUGCCUUUAGGUGAUGUGGUUUCUAGGAGACCACCCAGCUGAAUCUUGCGUAGUUUUGGAAUUUUGACCUUGUUAUUGUUGUUGAUUUUUAAUUAAACUGAAACUUUGUGCACA